UGCAGCGAGCAGGGAGAGAGACACCGCUGCUCCCUCACCUCCCCGUUAGUCCAUCUGAGGGGGUCUGACACGCUCUGCAAUCCAGCAGGAGGCACCAAAGCCGGGCAGGAGCCCUACCACCUCCCCCUCUCUGUCUGCUGGGUCCCCUGGGCUACGCACCGCGUGCCGAGGGCGUGUAGGUGAUGUGUGUUAGAUGAGCCAAGCCACUCACACAAGCAGCAAGAAUACGUGCUGAGAGGAAGAACACGCGUCCCUUCACCACAUCUGCACACAGAACCAGAGGACCGAGGGUGGAAGGAAGGAAACAGUGGUAGAAUAUAAGCCCGACGGCAACUGCCGCGGACGGAGGCGUGGAGGAGAGGCGUGUGACAGCCUAGUGUGCGUGGAGCUCAGACAGACUUGCAGUGGGAAGUGAGGAAGACUGUGGAAUGUAGACGCUGCCGGUCAGAGGGACACGAUGCUCUGAGCCGUGGCAUUAAAAGGGGAACCUCUCCGUCUCUUUCUCUCCUCCCAGCACACGGAGGGAAGAAACGUUAGCUGCUAGCCGCAUCUCCCCGCCGCUCUGCUCAGCCGACACUCCGUCUCUCUUUUCCCCUCCUCUCGCACCACGGUCUCCCAGGAGAUUACACACACUGGAUUUUGCAGUCAGCCACUGUUCGGCUUGCACUAGGCAUUUACUAAUCAGAGCAAUGUGUGUGGACCUGUGGAGAGCCAGUGGAUUUUACAGCGAUUCCUGUCUCCCACUUGGAUGUACAGACUAGGAGCUUUGGCAGAAGCUCAUCUAAGCAGGCCUUUCAGAGUUGUGUGCCUGGCUGGGGGUUGACACUCCUGCUCCCCCUACACCCCCCUCCCUCACACCUUUCCAUCCCUCCACCACCGUCACCACCACAUCUGGCCCCUCCACUCGCACCAAGUCGCCCUGCCGCAUCUUCAAUAGACACCUGUAAAAGCAUUGCCCUCCAUGGUUUCUGCUCUAAUCCAGACCCUAUCAUCUUACAUUGUGAAGAUUUGCAAAGGAAUGUUUACAAAGAAAUUGGCGAAUCCCACAAAGAAGAAAGAGAGUAGCGACAAUAAAGAGCCCAAAUUGACCACCACCGAUUUGCGUGACCAACGUAACCCAACGCAAACAUUCUCCACCACUCUGAAAACCACAGUGAAAAAAAUCAGCAAAUGCUCUUCAGCGCGUAACAUCUCUCUCGAAUCGGACGACGGCAAAAACGACUGCUCAUCUCUCUCCCCGACUUUCAGUUACCGUGUAGCAAUAGCUAACGGACUUCCGAAAAACGCUCUUCUGCUGAACAAUAAUGAAAGUAUAUCCCAGGAGGUCCUCUCUAUCGAAAGUGAAUACUCCGAAUCCCUAAGUGAGGCCAAACCUGUGCAUAGAUUCGAUGAGCAGAAAUCUCACACUAUGCCAGUGAGACGGAACAGAAAGAGCCUCAUCAGUCUGGCACCAUCUGAUGGUAGCUCUGAGGGUGAGAGGGUGGAGCGAUCCAGUCUGCACACACUCCGGUUGGGCGCGCUACGCAAGCUGAGGAAAUGGAAGAAGAGCCAGGAGUGUGUGUCUUCGGACUCCGAGGUAAGCAACUGGAGGAAGACCCUGGGCAUUCGAAGCAAGUCCCUGGACCGAGCUGGGCGGCAGCAGAAGUCCACCUCAGCAUUAGAAGCCGGCUCCAGCUCUACAGGCUGCAUCAACCAGACCCAGGAUGUGAUGGAGAUGAUCUUCAAGGAGUUGCAGGGCAUAAGCCAGAUCGAGACUGAGCUGUCAGAGCUCAGGGGACAUGUCAACGCCCUAAAGAACUCCAUCGAUGAGAUCUCCUCGAGUGUGGAGGUGGUGCAGACCGAGAUUGAGCAGCUGCGCACUGGCUUCGUACAGUCCCGGAGAGAAACGCGGGACAUCCAUGAUUACAUCAAGCAGGUCAGCCACCAUGCCAAUAAGGCCAGUCUAAGGUUCAUCAAUGUCCCUGAGGAGAAGCUGGAGAAAACUGAUAGUCUCAUCUACCACAUUCUAAAAGAGAAAAUGGGAUUUGCUGAAGCACAUAAAACACUUAAAAUAGAGCUAGCCCAUCGGUUAGGGCAACAAAGAGAAUGUUCCAAUGCUAAACCUCGGCCUAUUAUUGUAAUAUUCUCAAACUCCUCAGAUAGAGAUUUAGUUUUAAAAAAGUGCUACAAACUGAAGGGAACUGGUAUAUCCGUAUCAACUGACAGCUUAACAACUCACGAUGUCAAGGAAAGAAAAGACAAAGGAGCCAUGUCCUCUUCUCAAACCUACGAGAGUAUGGAUAUCAAGGUCUCAAUCAAGGACAAAGCAGAAAGUGAUGACUGGGACUCUAUGGACAGUGACAAGGAGUUAGAUGAACUAAACAGGAACAAAUAUGCAAUGGUGGUGUCCAAGCCUGUACACAAACAUAAAUCAGAGAAAAAGAGGCACAGUCACCAUGAGCAUGGAAGCCGGUCUGCAGAUGAGGCAGGUUACUCUGCCUCAGUUCACUAUGCUGAUGAUUCCUAUGAUGAGUCUGACAAAGCCGUCAAGCCCUACUACGGCGACCUCACCCCUGGCUGGCUCUCUCAGAGUGACUACUCCACUCCCAAGCUAAGCCGCUCUGAGUCUGACUGCUCCAAGCUCUGCCAGUCCUAUUCUGAAGACUUCUCAGAGAGCCAGUAUUUCAGCCGACCCAAUGGCGUCUCUCUGCUAUCCUCCUCAGACCAGGAGCUAUGGCAGAGGAAGCAGGAAGACAUGGCUUCUUCAUGGUAUGCCAGCCCUGCCAGCCAAACCCUCAGCCAGGAGAACCCUCCAUAUGCUGAGCCCAAUGAGGUUGAGACCACAGAGACCAUUGACAGUGGGGUAAGCAAUGGACUGGUCUGCAUGUCUGGGGAUAGAAGUCAUUACAGUGGCUCUCAGCUGUCUCUGCAGGGAGACCUUUCCCCGUGGAAAGAUUGGCAUCACCUGGAGCAAGGAGCGGAUUCUGGGCUGGACGCCUCCACAGAGCAGAACCUGGUGUCUGAGGUCAGUAGCCCCUUCGACCCAGCCGCCAUCCCUGGUUUCCCAGAGAACAUCACCAAGUGUCAGGAGGUUGACCUUGCUUUUGAAGGGGAAGAGACUUUCAUGUUGGAUAUGGUGGAAAGUGCCCUUUUGGACAUCACCCCGCUAGAGGUCACCCGACUGGAGAGUGCCCGGCUGGGUAGUGCGCCUCCCACUACUCUCUAUACGGCUCAGAUUAUAGAGAAAGAACCUAUCGGGACAGCACCUGUCCGCAAGCCUAAAGCUAAAGAAAAUGCAAAAACGCUUCAAAAAGAAAUGCCAAAACCAGCUACUACAGUGACUGCAAAAACUCUCCCUAAAGAGAAUUCUAAAGGAGCUCCAAAAGCUAAAACACCUCCUAAAGAGGUUGCUAAAAGUAUUUCUAAAGAUGUUGCUAAAUCAUUUCCUAAAGAGACUUCGAAACUGGCCCCACAAGUGACUUCUAAACCGGGAAAAGAGAUACAAAAAGAGGUUGCUAAAUCAAUUGCGGAAGAGGCUGCUAAAACUAUAAAACUAAGAGAAACCGCUAAAACUAUUCCUAAAGAGAUUGUUAAAACACCUCCUAAAGAAACAGUUAAAGCUAUUCCUAAAGAGGCUCCUAAAACACCUCCAAAAGGAACUUCUAAAGCAAGUCUGACUGAAACUGCAAGUCCAAAAGACACACCCAAAAUAAGUCAAAAAGCAGCUGUAAAAACAUCCCCAAAAGCCACUCCUAUAACUAGUCCAAAAGAGACACCUAAAACAAGCCCUAAAGAGACACCUAAAACUGUUCCUAAAGGGUCAUCCAACACACUUCCUAAAAUGGCAACUAAAGAAGCCCCAGACUUAUCCCCACAAACAUUUUCUGAGCUUGACGUCAAACACAAUUUCCAAUCUAACCAGAACAAGUCAGCCACCAUGUACCGCAGUCAGAGCGAGAUCCGGACUGAAAAAGUGGUUGAGGAGGUCCCCAAGUCCUGGAGCAGCCGCCUUAGCAUUGACCUCACAGACAAAGCUCCGUCCUUUAGCUUCGGGUUUGGCUCCACUCUAAAGAAGGCCAAAUCAGCCCUGGAGGUAGUCUGGAAGUCAGGCCCCAUGCCUGGAACCGCUCCCCCAGAGCCACCCCCAGACUCAGGCUCCUUUAUGGGUCGCUUCCGCACAUUGUCGACCUCCACGGCCAACGACUCUAGCACCACCAUCGACUCAGAUGUAUAUACAGAUUCCUGUGUUUACAAGGCUGAUGAUGAGGAGGCUCUUGCCGGUGAUCAGCUUGAGGACAAUGAGACCGCCUAUGUUGGCGUGAUGGAGCAGGUAUUGGCAAACCUAGAAAACAGAACAAAUGCUAAUGAUACAGAAGAGACAGAGGAUCUUGAGGACCCCAUACCAGAUUAUGAUCAUGAGGCAUCUCAGGAUUAUGUUUCUGAAGACUAUGAUGCUACCACCCAGGACUUAGAGGCCUCUGAGAACUUGGAGGCCACCCAGGAGCCUGCGGUCGUUCUGGAGUAUGACUGCAGUCUGGAUGAGCAAUAUGACGAAGAAUACAGUGAGGAAUAUGCAGACGACGCUAUGACAGGAGAGGGAACAGCAGAAUAUGAGGACAUGGUGGAGUAUGUUGAGGUAGAGGAGCCUGAUGAGGAGGAGGAAGAUGAGGAGGAGGAAUGUGAGGUAAUAGAGGACAUGGAAGAGGGGGAUGAGGUAGAGGAGAUAGAGGAGGCCUCAGAAGCAUCUGCAUCAGAGAGGACAGAAAACCUGGAGGAUGAGAAUAAAAACAUUCCGGAGAAGGAGGAGAAGCCUACAGAGGCUCCACCCAAAAAGCGUCUCCGUCCUACUUUUAAGGAAGCUGCGCUGAGGGCCUACAGAAAGCAAAUGGAUGAGCUGCAGCAGCAAAUCCUUGCUGGAGAAAAACCUCCGCCAGACAACAAGCCUCUCAAUGUGCUGGAUCCCAAAGUGCUGGGCCUACAGGCUGUUGGAGGAGCCGGCUGCAUUCUUUACGGCAUUGACAGCAUGCCAGAUUUACGCCGCAAGAGGACUGUACCUAUUGUCCGAGACCUGGCUAUGACUCUGGCUGCUCGAAAGGCAGGCAUCUCGUUCGCCUUGGUGACCAGAUCGACCCUGAACAACGAGGACCUGAAACUACACGUGUUUAGGAAGACUUUGCAGGCGUUGAUCUACCCCAUAUCGUCUACGACGCCUCAUAACUUCGAGGUGUGGACGGCCACGGCGCCUACAUACUGUCAUGAGUGUGAGGGGCUGCUUUGGGGCAUUGCCAGGCAGGGCAUGCGCUGUUCCGAAUGUGGCGUCAAAUGCCACGAGAAAUGCCAGGAUCUACUCAACGCUGAUUGUCUACAGAGAGCUGUGGAGAAAAGUUCCAAGCACGGAGCAGAGGACAAGACCCAGAACAUUAUCAUGGCCAUGAAGGAGAGGAUGAAGAUUCGGGAGAAGAACCGACCGGAGGUGUUUGAGGUCAUCCAGGAGAUGUUUGGAAUCUCUAAAGAGGACUUUACCGGACAUCUGAAGUCCGCCAAGCAAGCUGUGCUAGAGGGGACCUCCAAGUGGUCCGCCAAGAUCAACAUCACAGUGAUGUGUGCCCAGGGUCUUCAGGCCAAGGACAAAACAGGUUCUAGUGACCCCUAUGUAACCGUUCAGGUGGGGAAGACCAAACGACGAACCAAGACCAUCUUUGGGAACCUUAACCCAGUCUGGGAUGAGAAGUUUUUCUUCGAGUGUCACAACGCUACGGACCGGAUCAAGGUGCGUGUGUGGGACGAGGACGAUGACAUCAAGUCCCGUGUGAAGCAACACUUCAAACGAGAGUCUGACGAUUUCCUGGGUCAGACCAUCAUUGAGGUCCGCAUGCUCAGCGGGGAGAUGGACGUUUGGUACAACCUGGAUAAAAGAACUGAUAAGUCGAUGGUGUCGGGAGCCAUCAGAUUGAAGCUCAAUGUUGAAAUGAAAGGAGAGGAGAAAGUAGCACCGCCCCAUGGCCAGUAUACAUGUUUACAUGAGAACCUGUUCCACUACCUGACAGAGGUAAAGAACGGUGGAACGGUCAAGAUCCCCGAGGUGAGAGGAGAUGAGGCAUGGAAGGUCUAUUUUGACGAUGUGUCUCAGGAGAUAGUGGACGAGUUUGCCAUGAGAUACGGAGUAGAGUCUAUCUACCAGGCUAUGACGCAUUUCUCCUGUCUGUCCUCCAAGUACAUGUGCCCUGGGGUCCCUGCAGUGAUGAGUAACCUGCUAGCCAACAUCAACGCCUACUUUGCCCACACCACCACUGUCUCCACCAACAUCUCUGCCUCCGACCGCUUUGCUGCAUCCAACUUCGGGAGGGAGAAAUUUGUCAAACUUCUAGAUCAGCUGCACAACUCUCUGAGGAUCGACCUGUCCAAGUACCGGGAUAAUUUCCCAGCUAGUAACCCAGAGCGACUGGUGGACCUGAAGUCUACUGUGGAUCUUCUCACCAGCAUCACCUUCUUCAGGAUGAAGGUGCAGGAACUACAGAGCCCCCCCAGAGCCAGCAUGGUGGUGAAGGACUGUGUGAAAGCCUGCUUGGACUCCACAUACAAAUACAUCUUUGACAACUGCCAUGAACUGUACAACCAACUACUAGACCAGGGCCGGAAGCAGGAUAUCCCUCGAGAGGAGCAGGGCCCGUCUAUAAAGAACCUGGACUUCUGGCCCAAGCUCAUCACUCUCAUGGUGUCUGUGAUCGACGAGGACCGUACUGCCUACACCCCCGUCAUCAACCAGUUUCCUCAGGAGCUGAACAUGGGGAAGGUCAGCGCUGAGUUCAUCUGGAACCUGUUUGCCUUGGACAUGAAAUAUGCCAUGGAAGAACACGAAAAACACCGUCUAUGCAAGAGCACAGAGUACAUGAAUCUUCACUUCAAAGUCAAGUGGUUCCACAACGAGUACGUCCGCGAAUUGGCUGCCUUCAAGGACACACCCCCUGAGUAUUCUUUGUGGUUUGAGCCGUUUGUCAUCCAGUGGCUCUCCGAGAAUGAGGAAGUUGCCAUGGACUUCCUUCACGGUGCUCUGGGGAGCGACAAGAAGCUGGGCUUUCAGCCAACAUCGGAGCAUGUCCUGUUCUCCUGUUCGGUCGUGGAUGUGUUUACUCAGCUCAACCAGAGUUUUGAAAUUAUUAAGAAACUGGAGUGCCCCAACCCACAGGCCCUCGCUCAUUUUAUGUGCCGCUUUGCUAAGACUAUCAACAAAGUCCUGCUGCAAUAUGCUGCAAUCAUAACCAAGGAUUUUGGCUUGUAUCUAAACCAAGAAAGAGUGCCCUGCAUCCUCAUCAACAACAUCCAGCAGCUUAGAGUUCAGCUGGAGAAGAUGUUUGAGUCCAUGGGAGGCAAACAGGAGGAGGGGGCUGUGGCCUUUUGCAAGCUGGAUGCAGAGGCCAGCGACCUACUGAAGGAACUGCAAAACAAACUCAACACCGUAAUGGAUGAGCUCUGUGCGGUCUUCGGCUCCAGUUUCAAACCGGUGAUUGAGGACUGUGUGAAGCAGAUGAACCAGGAGUUAGUCCAGAUGAAGGGGAGUGCCGCUGGGAAGAGCAACGCCGCCAUGGAUGCUGAGACCGUCCUCAGACCACUCAUGGACCUCCUGGAUAAAAAUUUGAUUUUAUUCGCCAAGAUCUGUGAGAAGACUGUGUUGAAACGAGUGCUGAAGGAACUGUGGAAGAUUGUUCUGAACACCAUUGAGAGAAUGAUAGUCUUACCCCCUCUGAACGACCAGACUCAAGGAGCACAGAUGAUUUUCAGUGCUGCCAAGGACCUGGGACAGCUCUCCAAACUUAAGGACCACGUGAUCAGAGAGGAAGCUCGUAGUCUGACACCAAGACAGUGUGCGGCCAUGGAUCUGGUCCUUCCCACCAUCAAGCAAUAUUUCCAUGCUGGAGGAAAUGGUCUGAAGAAGACGUUCCUUGAGAAGAGCCCUGACCUCAAAUCCCUCAAAUAUGCUCUGAGCCUUUACACACAGCCCACCGAUGCCUUGAUCAAGAAGUAUAUAUGCACCCAAACCUCUCAAGGUCAGUCUAGCAACAGCUCUGUGGGGGAGGUGUCCAUGCAGGUGGAUCUCAUCUCUCACCCAGGCACUGGGGAGCACAAAGUCAGCGUGAAGGUGGUCGGGGUCAACAACCUGAACUGGCAGACAAACGCCAUGUUCCGACCCUUCGUGGAGGUGAACGCAGUCGGACCGCACCUUGCUGAUAAGAAACGCAAGUUCACCACCAAGACCAAGAACAACAACUGGUCACCAAAGUACAAUGAAACAUUCCAAUAUGUUCUGAGCAACGAGCAUGGUCCAGAGUGCUAUGAGCUCCACGUCUCUGUGAAGGACUACUGCUUCGCUAGAGAGGACCGCAUCAUCGGCAUGACCGUCCUCCAGCUCAGAGAGUUGGCCGACCAGGGGAGCUGCGCUGCCUGCUACCCCCUGGUGAAGAGCAUCGCCAUGGACGAGACCGGACUCACCAUCAUGAGGAUACUCUCUCAAAGGACCAACGACGAGGUGGCCAAAGAGUUUUGUCGUCUUAAGACCGACGUACGCUCUUCAGAGGAGAUGGCCUCCUAGUAUGGAGACGUGAUGAAGGGAUGGAAUGCAUGGAUGACUGGAUAUAACUGAAGAGGGGGGGGGGGGGGCAAGGAAAAGGUGGGCAUGAGGAAGGAAGUUAGGUAGAUAGGAAGGAUGUAAUGAAGGAAGGAUGAAAGGGAGGAAAGAAGCCGCACAAAGGCGAGUGAGUUGAAGAGUUGUGUUGUAUGUUUUUGUGCAUGUGCGUAAAACAUCUGUUGGAAUGUUCAUUUUAAACUACAGUAUGUACCAGUGUUUACUUACCGUAUGCUUAAUAUUAAGUACUAUAUUCUACGAGUUACGUUAACGAGACAUGAAAUACCUUUUUGUACAACAUUUAGUCUUUUUGAACAGACGUUUUGUUCCGACAAAGUGCCAAACCAGAGAAAAAAAAAGCAUAACAAUAACAACAAAGCAAAAUAAAACAAAAUAACAAAAGAUAAUGGUGACGAGUUAUGGUGAAACUUAGUAUGUUUGAUGAAAAAUUUGCUUGAUUAUUUGGUUCAGUGUAAAAUCAUUCUCUCUAUAAAAACUGUGGCGUUUUAAUUGUUAAGAAGUCUUUCAUUUGCACCCUCGUUCUGUUUCUUGUCCCGUCACACAGCACUUGUUGUGCAUGUCCCUUUUAGACAACGUCUCUUCAAUCAUCUCACCGUGACCACUGGGUCGGGGUCUGUGUGCCCUGGCCUUCAAACUCUUUGUAUUUAAGCCGAAACCUGAAAAGAGACCAUUUUUUUAAACGGCGAUGACUGCUAUGUAAACCUUCAUAGGUGUUUGUAAUUUUAUAACCAUGACAACAACGAAAAAGCCUCCAGUGCUGUCAGUCUACGCAGAAAGGGUGGAACCUUCUUUCUCAUUUUCCUUUUGCCUGUAUUCUUUCUCUUCAACCAUUGGCAUUCAGCCUUUCUGUACGACCACUGUGAACACGAGCUUUGGAAGGCGAGCCUAUGUAACAUUGCUGACGGUUUGAUAUUGUUGUUUCAUAUUUAUUAAGAUAACUUUGUUCCUGAGAAACUGCCAAAGUUAUAUAAAAUGUUUGUACAAAAGCAAUCCAUUACCUGUAUGGAAAAUAUAUAUGUACAUGUGAUCUAUUUACUUUUACAAUGCUAAAUAUCUGAUUGUUGAUGGGGUGGUUCUAAAACUUUAUUUUUUUUAGUUACUGUGAAGCUGUAUACCAGAUUUGAAAGUUGCAAAAUGUCACUUUACACAAGUCGAAUUCAGCUUCUGCCAUUGGGUUUCUUUUUCUUUAUGAAGGAAAAUGUCUAUCAUUGGGUAAAUAUGCAACAUUCCUAUGUAUUGCACUGAUGGCGAAUUGUAUGUCAUGUAAAUAUAUUUAGUGAGAAAACGGUCUCCUUUUCUUUAACACUGUUGUGAUUUGAUGUUAGUAGAUAAUCUAAUACAUUAAUUCAGUCUUAUGGCCUCAGUGUUUCUAAACCUGAAUGCUGAAUGGCUGAAAGCCAUGGUAUACAAUCAUGUAUAUAAUAAUCCAUUGGCUUGUCUGCAUACAAAAUAUACAUGAAAAUGUUUUAAAUUG